UAACACUUCCUCAUAAAUCCGUCGUUUUUCGUGUCUGUGGACCUGCUCGACUCCGCGUGGAAGAGAUGAUACUGGGAGGAUCGACCUGCUGCUGCUUCACCCAGCUGCAUCCCGCCGCCACCGCCGCCAGGCUGCGCUUGCCGCCGGCUCGCGCCGCGAACACCUCCUCCGAGCCGGCCGCCGCGCGUCUGAGGGCGGUGCUCGAGCAGGUGGACGACGAGCUGCGGAAGGGGAACGACGAGGCCGCGCUGUCCCUCGUGCGCGGCUCGCAGGGGGAGGGCGGCGGGCUCCGGUGCUUUGGCGCCGCGAGGCAGGUACCUCAAAGGCUUUAUAAACUAGAUGAGCUUAAGCUAAAUGGGAUCGAUACUUCUUCUUUCCUAUCUCCUGUGGAUCAGACUUUGGGAUCAAUUGAGAGAAAUCUCCAAAUUGCCGCGCUUCUUGGAGGUCUUUCUGUUUCGUUUGCGUUUGAGCUUUCUCAACUCCAAGCUCUGCUUACCUUUGUCGGCCUACUAUUCGUGUGGUCUGUUGAUUUGAUAUAUUACAAUGGAGGGGGGAGAAACUUGGUUCUUGACACAAUUGCUCACAGUCUCAGCGAGAAGUACCACAACAGAGUUAUUGAGCAUGAAGCUGGUCACUUCUUGAUAGCAUACUUGCUUGGAGUGCUUCCGAAGGAAUAUACUAUCACAUGUUUAGAUACACUUAUGAAACAAGGAUCACUGAACGUGCAAGCUGGGACAGCUUUUGUGGAUUUUGAGUUUGUUGAAGAGAUCAAUACAGGCAAAUUGUCUGCGAAGAUGCUGAACAAGUUCUCAUGUAUUGCACUGGCCGGAGUAGCAACCGAGUAUCUUCUGUAUGGAUACGCCGAAGGAGGACUAGACGACGUUAACAAGCUGGAUGGACUGUUCAAGAGCCUGGGAUUCACCCAGAACAAAGCUGAUUCACAGGUGAGGUGGGCUGUGCUAAACAUCGUUCUGAUCCUGCGCCGCCAUGAAAAAGCUAGAUCGAAGCUUAAGGAGGCAAUGUCUUCUGGGAGGUCAGUUGGAUCUUGCAUCGAGGUCAUAGAAGAGAACAUAAACCCCGAGGAUAUUUGAUAGCUGGUGGGAACUCUGAACACUGAAGACAGUGCACACUGGUGCUGGACCAUACAGAUUGCAGCGGUAUAAACCUUUGUGGUGUAUUUGUCUUUGUACUGUAUAUUCAGUUUGUAAUUUGACAAUGGAGGCUGAGUCUACAAUUUUUUGGCCUCGACUACAACGCAGAAACACAGUUGGUAAUCGGUGCGACGCUGUAACCCCCCAAAGCAUUAACCAAACGGAGGUUGGACUUGAUUUUCAGAUAACAAUUCUAAUGUAGUACAGUUCCGUUGACACCCGGAAAUGUUUGAAUUGAAGUUAAUCGCCAAUUCUACUUC